UCCACCAUUCUGGUGAAUAAAUAUAUCUACAGAAAAUGCAAUAUUAGUUCUGCAAUCGGUUGUUUCAACUACAAAGGCUUCUCCUAAAUUUAAGCAGAUGUCAGUCGAAAAAAACAAAGCGAUGAAGUUGUCUUGGCUGCCAUCGAAGAUGUUCGAAUGAUAAAAUGGCAAAGCAGCCUCGCCAAACUGUCGAAGCGUUAACAGGGAGCUCCUUUGGCCUGAGGAGACCUCCACUGACCCACAUUUUAAAAAGUAUAUUGGAAAGAUACCCUGAUGGAGGACAAAUCUUAAAGGAAAUUAUUCAGAAUGCAGAUGACGCAGACGCCACAAAAGUGUCCUUUCUCCUUGAUUCGCGUCAAGGCUUUUACGGAAAGAACUCGCUCGUCGAACCCACUCUAGCUCAGUUCCAGGGUCCUGCUUUAUAUGCUCAGAACAAUGCCCUGUUCCAGGAAAGCGAUUGGGAAAACUUGCAGAGACUGAUGCAUAGCAGUAAGAAGGAUGACCCUUUGAAAGUUGGUCGAUUUGGAAUUGGCUUCAAUUCCGUUUAUCAUAUAACUGAUCUUCCCAGCAUCGUGAGUGGGGACUCUAUUGUAUUUCUUGACCCUCACGAAACACACUUUGGUAGAGGGGAAACGGGACGGCAAUAUUCCCUUAAGAAAGCGCUCCUUGAAAUCCACGAAGACCAGUUCAAGCCGUACGAGAAUGUCUUGGACUGCAAUAUUUCGACUGAAUUUUACAAUGGAACUCUGUUUCGUUUUCCGCUACGAAGUGCACCGUCAGAUUUAUCCAAGAAGGUUUACAGUAAGGAAAAAGUUGACAAAUUAUUUCAAGCCCUCAAAAAGGAAGCUCCUGUCAUCCUACUCUUCCUGAAGAACAUUGAAGAAAUUGCUUUGUUUGAAACUGACGAGGGAGACUUUCAAAAACAUGUCUUUACGGUGCGAUUGAGUGACAGCUGUCGGCAAGAAGUUAGAGAGAAGAAGAGAAAUUUUUUGAGUGAAUUGAAAAGGCUGAGCAAUGGGUUAGUUGAAAACGUAAAUCUUUCUUUAGAUUUGCAUGUCGUUGAAGUGACUGAAGGAGAAAGAGCGGUGGAAAAUAGAUGGCUUGUGUACCACCAAGUUGAUGCUCGAAAUCUAACAAUCAAACAAUUGUCCUCAGGGUUGGGUCUCCUGCCUUGGGUGGGUUGUGCCACACCAGUAAAAGCCAAACUUCAAGCUCUCUCAUCUAGUACUGGAAGAAUCUUCUGCUUCUUACCACUUCCACCAGACGCUGACUCCAAGACUGGUUUGCCAGUUCACCUGCAUGGCUACUUUGGCCUCACAGACAAUCGACGUGGUCUUAAAUGGCCAGGCCCUGACUGUCAGGAUGAUCCAACCGCAGAAUGGAAUGUGUUGCUGGUGGAGCAUGUUGCUAGUGAGGCCUACGCCAACAUGUUGCUCCUUCUUAGAGAAACAUAUGAUUCUUCAGAUGGAGCAGAUUUGGUGUACAAGUCCUGGCCAAACAUUCAGGAAGUAGGGAAUCAUUGGCAGUGUAUGCUGAAACCCAUGUUCUCAAUUUUACUCAAAGAAAACGUCCUCUUGGCCCCUGCGAAUCAUGAUCACUGGAAAAACCUAAGUGACGCCUACCUGGACAAAAUAAAAAGUCAAUAUAAGAAUGUUACCGAUGAAACAAGAGUCGUAGUUCUAGAAACAUUGACGCAAGCAAAUGAGGCUGUGGUAAUCGUCCCGAGUCAUGUCAUGAUUGCCAUUGAUAAAUACACGCCAGUACCUACGAAGAGCAUCACCCCCGCAUUCUUAAGAGAUCUGCUGAAAAAGAAGAACAAGGGAGUUUGGAAUAUAACCAAUGUACCAAAGAACAAGAAGCUUUCACUUCUGGAAUUUGCUCUAGAGGACAAGAACCUGAGCGACAUGCAUGGUGUUCCUCUUUUGCCCCUCGCAGAUGGAAGUUUUGUUGAUUUCCGCUCACUUCAAUACAACAGAGAGCCAGCAGCUGCUGUGUACGUUUCGUCAACAAGUAAUCCCCGUUCCAUUUUCCACAACAUGGAUAAUAAGUUCCUCGACGACAAAGUUCAAGCUCCAGCCGUUACAUAUUUGUCGAAGAUUGCCCUUGAUGCUAGUAGUCCCUGCACAAUCCAACCAGUGCAACUCGUCAAGUUAAACCAAACCAUUGCUGUCAGGGUCCUGAGAGAAAGCCUUCCAUCAGAGUGGUCUGGAGGAGAUCAUUCAGUACCUUGGUAUCCAGGAAAAAACGGGCAUCCACCGGAGCACUGGUUGGAGUCAGUAUGGAUUUGGAUUCAGAGAAUGUUCCCCACUGAUCUCUCCUUGCUCGAAAACCUCCCGCUCAUUCCGCAUACAUGUGCUGACAACCGAAUCAUAGUGAAGCUGAGUUCAUUAAGCGUGGUUAUUGGAAGACACCAUCACCACAGUAUUUCUUUACCUCCGCUGAUUGUGUCUUUGCUUAGAAAAAUUGGCUGCGUUGUUCUAGAAAAUCUUCCACCAUACAUUUAUCACAACUCUUUACAUAGAUACGUUGCCACACCUGAUCCCCAUGGCGUCCUAAAGAUCUUUUGCACCUUGGGUCAAAGCAGAUGCGCAUCAACAAUUUCGUUUUGUUCACCAGAUGAAAAACGUGCGUUACGAAGUUUCCUCUCCUCUGCGUAUUUCAAUGAUGAUGAAAGAAACCUCCUGUGCCACCUUCCCAUUUUUGAUGCCGCGGAUGGAAACGCCUUCAUUGCUGUCAGAAAUGGAUUUCAAGUUCAUGAGGUUUCACCAUAUGGCUUCGAAGUUCCUCAACGCUUGCCAAUACCAAGAGCGUCCUCAGUCAUUGCCUUGAGAGAUAACGAUUCCCAUGCCUUAAUUCAAAGACUUGGAAUCUCACCGAUGACAAAAACAACAUUCUUAAAGAACAUUGUCUUUAGUGGUAUACAGAGUAAUUUCUAUAGCCACCAACAGAUCUCUACGCUGAUGACCUGGGUACUUAGCCAGUAUUCCGUUUUUUGCAGAGAAAACAGCUCAUUUCAUGUAUCUCUUCAAAAACUGCCCUUUGUCAUCACCAGAACCAACAACCUAGUUACUCCUUGUUGUCUUCUAGAUCCACAGCAAUCCAUUUUGGAACAACUUUUUGAGAACGAAAACGACAAAUUUCCAAAUGGAGGUUUUGUGAAAGAAGAAAUCCUUUUACGCCUUCGGCAACUUGGAAUGAGGAGUAUUCCAACUAAAGAGGAUAUUCUACAUGUUGCUAAAACAAUAGAAAGUGUCCACAGUGAUGUGGGAUUUCGUAAAGCCUUAGCACUCUUAGAGUUCCUUGACAAAAACCCACCUGACAGGUCCUUGGGUCAAGCCCUGAUGAACGAGAGAUGGGUCCCAAGAAUGCAGAGUCGUCCCUCUUCCUAUCCAAGUGCGAUGCCUUGGUUUUCAGGAACAAAGCAUUUCUACAAACCAUCUGAAACGUUCAGCCAAUCUCAAGCUACCCUUGUAGGGGCAUCAGCGCCGUUAGUCUCCAAACCUUGUUCUAAAGCAUUAGAGGCUGUUUUUGGUUGGAACAAAUCACCACCCGUCCACCACCUUCUAAACCAGUUGCGUUCUGCUUGUUCCGUUCUAUGGAGUGACAUAAAUGGAAGUGCUCUGUAUCAUUUUCAAGCGAUGGUAAAGCAGAUCUAUAAAGAAGCAUCCACCAAUACCAGCUUUAUCCACGCCGUAACUCAGGAUAACAGUUUUCCGGAAUGGAUUUGGCAUGGGAAUGGAUUUUCAUCACCGUCGAAGAUAGCUCUCAAAUCUUGCUGCAGAAUCGACCUCAGGCCUUACCUUUAUACAGUUCCGCAAGAUUUUCAACACCUUAGUCAUUUUUUCCAGCAGUGCGGUGUUCGUGAAACAUUUCAAGAUUCUGAUUUGUUGCAUGUUCUGACAAUGAUAAAGGACAAACAUGACACUAGUAGUGAAUAUCUAAAAGAUGUAGAAGAUGAUCGAAAGCUAUCACAUGAGAUUCUUCAGUGGAUGGUUAGAGAUGGAAAACAACUCGAUCUAGGACUUCGAGAAAGUCUUCUAGUGCCGAUUCAAACCUGGGAUAACACCUUAGAGUUGGUUCCAUGUUCGGAGUGCACCUUUUGUGACGCGGAUUGGUUGAGAAAGGGAGGGUCGGAACUUCUCAUCACGAGCGAAUUUCCGAUGAUCCACGAAGCCCUCCCUUCCAAAACCGCUGCUCUCCUGGGUGUCCCACCUAUCAGCACUCGUGUAACUUGCGCGGAAGCCUUAGGUAUCGAGCAAACAGGUCCAUACGAGCCAAUUACCACGAGGCUGAGGAAUAUUCUGAACGAAUACAAAGAAGGGGUUGGUGUUUUUAAGGAAUUAGUGCAGAAUGCAGAUGAUGCUGGGGCAACAGAAGUGCAGUUCGUUCUUGACUGGCGCAGUCAUCCAAACGAGAGGCUUUUAUCAACGGAAAUGGUAGUAUGCCAAGGUCCCGCCCUAUUAGCAUACAACAAUGCAACCUUUACAGAUGAUGAUCUGAAGAAUAUAUCAAGACUGGCAGGUGCCACAAAAAAGCAAGAUCUUGAAAAGAUUGGUCGCUUUGGUCUUGGUUUCAGUUCAGUUUACCACUUCACUGAUGUCCCAGGUUUUAUUACCAGAAGCUAUGCCGUGUUUUUUGAUCCAGAAACAACACACCUUGGACCCCAUUUAAAAGAUACCUCGAAGCCUGGAAUAAAGAUAGAUCUGGCGGUAAAUCGGAAAUGUUUAACCUGUUUUCCUGACCAGUUUGCGCCUUACAAUGGGCUUUUUGGAUGCGAGACCGCUCCACCCAGCGAUCAUGACAAGUUCUACUUUCAGGGAACCUUUUUCAGAUUCCCAUUCCGAACUAAGCGAGGAGAAAUCAGUAAUAAGAUCUACACUAAGCAGGAAAUUCGGUCUCUUAUGUUUUCUUUCCGAGAAUCGUCGCCGACCAUUCUUUUGUUUUCACAAAACGUUAAAAAGGUGUCGUUCCUCGAAGUGGUUGAAAAUGCGACAGGCUCGAAAGAGUUGCGACUCCUGUUUGAAGUCUCCAGAAAGGCUUAUACAGAAUGUACGCCAGUUAAGAAUUCUGUAACGGAAAGUACCUUCCUUAGGUCAUGUGCAGCAUGGACAAGACAGGUAACGAGUCAGUCCAAUCCUGUUUACAGGUGUCCAUCUCCCAAACUAACGGAGCUCAUCUCUGUGUGUUCCACAAUCUGUCUUAAAAAUGAACAGAGGUGUCAAGUAACCGAGUCUUGGCUUGUGACAUCUUGUCUUGGUACUGAAAAUUCCUUUCAGCUUGCAACAAGUGAGGAGGGCAAGAAGCAGGGACUUUUAUCUGCCUCAGGGGUGGCAGCAAAAAUUUCCACCGAGGGCGAUGGCUUCGGAAAAGUAGAGAAAGUCCUCGGAGAAGUAUUUUGUUUCCUUCCCCUAAGCAUUCGAACAGGGCUUCCUGUACACGCCAAUGGCUACUUUUCAGUCGCAUCAAACCGCCGAGGAAUCUGGGAAAGUACUACAGCCGAUGCCUGCCAUGAACCACUAGAAGUGCGGUGGAAUCAAAGCCUCAUGGAGGAUGCAUUAACAAUGGCCUAUGUUCAGCUCUUAGAUGAUAUGAUUGUCAUGAAAACACAAGGAAAAAUUUCGUCCUACGAUGUUUUCUCGCUUUGGCCAAACCCAGACAACCUUCAAUCAUCCGCUUGGGAACCACUCAUAAAGAGCUUUUAUCAAAAAGUCGCAAGUUAUGACCUUCCCUUAGUAUGCACAGGAGGGAAAUGGCUCCCAGUGACUCAGUGCAUUUACCAAGAUCUCAAGUUACGGGAACUCCCGAAUAGUGAGAUGGUCCUUAAAAAGUUUGAUUACAAAAUAGUGCAACUUCCAGACUUUGCAAGGAAAGGUUUUCAGCAGGCUGGAUGUAUGAAUGUUAUCGACAAACGUACAAUGACACAAGAAAAGUUUCUCCAAGAAGUUUUUUUUCCGAAUAUCACGACGAUACCAAAAGAGCUACGCGAUCCCAUUGUGUGUCACCUCAUAGAUAAAUGCCUUCAGGGACAUGCAAGCAAUCAAUGCAAUGACCUUCUCAACCUAUAUGAAUCUUUGCUUUCAAACAAUCGUUGUAUUCCCUGUGGACCAGAUACGGGGCAUUUAGCAUCUCCUAGGGAACUUAUAUCCCCAAUAGGUGCGGGUGCAACUCUGUUCUCAGCAGACGAUAGAAGAUUCCCGGUUGGGUCUUGUUAUCAAACUAAGGAACGUCUUUUCAUGCUUCAAAACCUGGGAAUGUUAUCAGAUACUCUUGACUGGGAAACCCUGACUGAGCGAGCAAACUCCGUGUCGAUACUCUGUAGAAGAGCUAAAGAAGAUGCUAAGAAGAGAUCUUCCCUUCUUAUCAAGUAUAUCAAUGACCACAUUGAGAAAAUGGACCACCCUUCAGAAUUGAACAAGGAGGAGUUAGUGGCAAUCACUAUUUUCCCUAUUCUUGCUAAACCAGCAGGCUAUGUCAUGCCAUGGAGAGGUAGUGGUGAUUGCAACAGUGUUAUGCUUCCGGCGAAAGAAAUGUACGAUGAAAGGUAUAAAUAUGUCGCAGGGUCCUCUCGGCCAAUCCUUGAUGAAAGUGAGAGUUGUGGCGGCCAUAAGUUAAGAGAGAAAACACGCGAUCUCUUUGGCUUCAGUUCCCGUAAACCAUCGGCCCAAGAGGUUCUUAACCAGCUGAAGUAUACAAUUCAAGCAACAAUUCAGUCGCCCCACGCGAUCGAAAGUUUGGAAAAGGCCUUCCAUUGCCUAUACACGUAUUUGCAAGAACUCAUUUUGGAACCUGAUGGUGACAGAAUUAUACAGACAUUGCAAGAGAGGGAAUGGAUACUCGUUAAUGGAAAAUGUCUGUCGGCCUAUCGGCUGGCUUUCACUUGGAGGCGAUUUGGUGAACCUUACCUCAAUGAAGUGCCUCAGAGUCUUUCGUCGAGGUAUCGUAGUCUAUUUCAAGCGUCAGGCGUCAAAAGCAAUUUCUCCUCUGAAGACGUCCUUUCUGCUCUUUACAAGCUGAAUGAGGACAAACAAGGGGAACCUCUAUCUUCAACUGAGUUUAGAGUUUCAAAAUCUUUGAUCGAAGAGCUAUCGGAAGCCUUGGAGAGCACACUUGAGAAAGAAAGGGGAAAGAUUCCUUUGCCAGACCAAAAUCUAUUUUUACAGCCCGCUGAGAAAUUAGCCAUUAAUGAUGCGCCAUGGGUGAUUACUGGACGCGGAAUCGACUACGUUCACAAGGACUUGCCAAUUGACCUUGCACACAGGCUUGGAGCAAUUGACAUUCGAACAAAGAAACUAGCCAGAAUAUCUCGUCCAAUCGGACGUGAAUUUGGACAGCGAGAGGAACUUACUGACCGUUUAAAGGGAAUUUUGAAAGCAUAUCCAUGCGAUGUUGGAGUCCUAAAGGAGCUCGUGCAGAACGCUGAUGAUGCAGGGGCCACCGAGGUACACCUUAUUGUUGACCCUCGUUACCACAAAACUGACCAGCUCUUAAGUGACAACUGGAGAGAACUGCAAGGUCCUGCCCUCUGUGUUUACAACAACCGACCGUUUUCCGAAAAGGAUUUAGAGGGGAUACAAAGACUGGGAAUUGGAAGCAAAGCAGACGAUCCUACCAAGACAGGACAGUACGGUAUUGGCUUCAACGCCGUAUACCACUUAACGGACUGUCCAAGCUUCAUUUCAAAUGGAGACACGCUCUGUAUUCUCGACCCUCACUAUCGCUACGCUCCUGGAGCAGACAAAGAAAAUCCUGGACGUAUCAUCACACCAAUCCGUGAAGAAGAACGAUCCGAUUUCAGGGACAUAUUUCCUUGUUAUCUGGAAGACAUAUUUGAUUUAAAAUCCUCAACUAUGUUUCGCUUUCCUCUCAGACGCCAAAAUACGUACACAGAGUCAUUAAUUUCUGAAACGCGGUUGUCCUCCACUGAAAUAAAGAACUUUAUGAACCUUUUGGCCACUGAGGUAAGAGAGAUUAUCCUGUUUUUACACCAUGUGAAGAAAAUAUCGUUGUCUGAAAUUAAAGACGAUCAGCUGAAAGAAAUGCACUCAGUUUCUGUACACUUAACAGACGAGGCUGAUGCGGAACGCUUGAAGCUUGCAAAACACAUUAAGAGUUGUAAGGUCCUAACUACAAAUGAAAUUCAAUGGUUUGGAAUCACAUACCCUCUUGUUGUUCAAGAAGGCAAAGUAAGACAAGAGAAAUGGCUUAUCCAUCAGUGCAUUGGAAUCCAGAGACGUGAUGGUGACCAGAUUCCCAGCGGUCAAAAUUAUGGUCUCCUACCUCGCGGUGGAAUAGCAGCCAAGAUUUCGGAGAAGUCAAAAUUCCCCUCUCACGAAAGACACAGACCAAUCCACAAGGCUUUUUGCUUCUUGCCAUUACCAGUAUACACAGGGCUCCCAGUUCAUGUCAAUGGACAUUUCUUUUUAGAUUCUGCACGUCGAAACUUAUGGAUCGACGAAGAAGGGAAAGGAUUUGGAAGUCUGUGGAACCAUUUUAUGAAGAGCCAAGUCUUGGCCCAGGCGUAUGUAUCGCUUAUGUUGGUUGCCCGAGGCCACCUUCCUGGUUCCAAAAACGGAGACAUCCCAAGUUUCUCCACGGAAUUCCAGGCUCAUGUUGGUAUGCAGUGGUAUCAUAAUCUCUUUCCGCAAAUUGAAACUGUCAAGAACCAGUGGCGAGAGCUAGCAAAGGCGGUUUUCCAGAAGAUCUGCAACGAAGAUAUUAAGUUAUUGCCGCUGAUAAAAAGACCUUUUGGUAAACAUUCGCUGUCCUCCCAAAGGGCUAGAGCUGUACGAAUCAUUCCACCCCUUCAUGAUGCGCAAGCCGCCAAAUGUGAUUUUAUUGAGUGUAAAGAGGCCAUAAGGUGUUUUUGGUUGUCUCCUUCACAAGGGUUUUUCGACACUUUGUCGAGCAGUGACGAAUCAGCCAGACAUCUUUCGCAAGUUAUCCUCAACAUUGGCUUCCAACUUGUUUACUCUUCCCACAAACUCUUUAAGGAAUUCAAGACAGCAGGAACGAAUGUACAAGAGGUCACGCCUGAUGGAGUUAUUGGAUUUCUCAAGGGAAAUCCAAACUCGGUAGGUCUAAUACCCUGUCCUGUAGGUGAGACGACACUUGGUUCUGUGCCGAAUGUACUCCUUCUCCUUAAGUACUGCAUGGAAGCCCCUAAUUUUCAAGAAAAAAUAUUUGGAAUCCCUCUUCUGUUGACUGAAGACGACUUUCUGAGGCGAUUUCAGAAGGAUAACCAUGUAUUUCUGAGCCUCUUUGCAGAUUUGAUACCAAAUCAACGCUCUAGGUUCAUCCAGCACACACUCGCCGCACCAUUGCUUCAAUUCGAAAAAGAAAUCUUUGAGGCGGAUCAAGGGAUUCUAAAAAAAUUCGACAUCCAUGCCUUAGCCUCGCUCCUCCCGAGUACUGUAAAAGGCAGAUGGCGUAAAACCAACAGUCUCAUUUCAUGGGAUUUGACGAACGGACCUUCCGAACAGUGGCUGAAGCUUCUAUGGAGAUUUUUGUUCAAAGCACACGAAAAGGAGCCAGAUACUUUUUCCCUAACUCCACUGCAUAAAUGGCCCAUUCUUCCAACCAAAUCGAAGGAAUUAGCUCCACUAUUAAAAGGUAAAGUCAUUCUUGACUUGACACCCUCCGAGUCUUGGUCAUAUGGUCAAAAGACUGUCGUCGAUUUGUUGAGGAAGUUAAGAUGCCCGGAGGUGGAUGUCGAGCUCAUAAGCAAUGGUAGAAGAUGGGAUUUAUCACCAAUACUUAAACAGCACCUUUCGUACCCUAACUCGUUGGAAGACACUUUAAAGGUCUUAGACCAUGUGAUGAGGGAAGUUGAUAUUUCUGGUUAUCUUUCUGAUGAUGAAAUGCUUUCUUUACUCCAGUUCUUUCAAGACGGUGCAAUCUCUCUGAAAAAGGACUGGUUAUCCACCUCUAUUUUGAAGCGGUUGCCAUUUUUUAAGACUUUUGAUGGAACAUUUGUUUCCCUCGAAAAUGCUGGAUCAGUAUAUGUCAUCCCGGUGGGUUUACCAACUGAUGAGUGCGAUGUUUGGAUGCGAGGUAACAAUUGUCUUUUCUUAGCACCUGAACCAAAGCUAAACCACUUGUACGAUGAAGUUCUAGAUAUUAGUACCAGAACACACACAGAUUGCUACAUCAACUUCAUCUUCCCCAAAUUUCCUUCUCUAACGAUGCAAACUCGAAUGCUUCAUCUUAACUACGUUAAAAGAUUCUUGCUGGCACCCAAUUCCGAUAAAGAUCAACACUCUAGAGUCUUGCAGUCACUAAGAACUUUGAAGUUCAUUCCAGACCUUCAUGGAUCACUGCGCGCUGCAUCUUAUUUUUUUGAUCCACGCGUCAAAGUUUUUGAAGUUAUGUUACCACGCGAGAAAAUGCCACCACAACCUUUUAACAAGGAAUCCGACUGGCUAGAUCUCCUAUGUAAAGUUGGAUUGAAGCAGCAAGUUAGCAGAGAUGAGUUCUUGGAGUUUUCAAAGGAAGUUGCGAAGCAAGCAGAGAAUAUGACGAAGAAAACUCGUAGUACGUUGGAGAAGAAGUCUCAAACUCUUGUCACCCACCUUUUGGAUGAAAAGUCCUUUCAUGAAGCGGAGUAUUUACAAAAGCUCUCCAUAAUAAAGUUUGUAGCAUCUGCAAAGGCUAGUGAGAAACUUCUUUCUCUUCACAUGCAGUACCCGUGUUCCAAAGAUGUGCAAGAUGGACCAUUUCCAUUUAUUCACUUCCAUGGUUCAAUAUCAAACAUGGCGGAGCGACUUGCCUGGACAGUGGCACCUCUUUUACCAGAUUGGGCUGUUCCAGAUGCGGAAGAUACGGAGCUUAAAACCCUUGGAGUUCUCCCACAUCCCUCGCUGGAUCAGGUCAUCAAUCAUGUCACCACACUCUCACAAAAUGUUCUCAAGGACAUUAAUAGAGAAAUACCGCAAUCAAAGCGUCGCUUUCUGCGUGAUAUCAUGACCGAGGUGUAUACUUUCCUUCAACGUGUAACUGGCUGCCAGAAGAGUAACUCACUCAAUUCCUGCUCGUACGAGUGCCAUGAAAUUGGGAGGCGAUUGUCUGACAAUGCAUGUAUCUUGGUUGAAGAUGGCCGAGUAUUUGUCCGUGGUGACCAACUUGCCUUCCACCUUGAUGAGCAGUUAGCACCAUAUCUAUAUAAAGUUCCACGAGAAUACGGAUCUUUUCAGCACUUGCUUCUGCGCCUUGGAGCCGUAGAGGAAGCCACACCAGAACAGUUCGCCAAAGUACUCAAUAAACUAAAAGCCUCAUGUCCAGACAAGAAAAUAAAUCUCAAUGAAGACAACAUUGUAAAACACGCUGUACACGGCCUGUUUACGACUCUAAAAACCUUACAAGACCACAAAAAAGGUGAGCCAGACAAUAAUCCUCUUUCUAAGAUCGAACAUCUGUAUCUUCCAAGUAGCAGACAAAAGUUCGAAAGGUCUGUAGACCUCGUCCUGUUUGAUGCCCCUUGGUAUAUGAACCGUUUACCAACUGCCAUGUAUGAGCCCCUCGAUCCACUAGGAAAGUACAACCUAACGUUUGCUACUCCUCGGCAAAUUGUUGACCUUCUGCCAGCUCACUUGAAGAUCCCAUCCGUAACAGCACUGGUGAGAGAAGAGCUGCACUCAGAAUGCAGAGAAAAGAAGUGCCGAGCUGAUGUGGAAAAUAAAUGUCACGAGACCAAUCGCCUCCGUCACUUGUUGUUUUCCCCUAAGCUUGUGGAUGGUAUUAGACGAAUUUUAAAAUAUCAAUAUCAGAGAGCCAAACUGAAUGAGGAAGUCCGAGGAAACGUCAGCAAUUUUCAAAACGAACUACAAAUAAGUUGCAUGGAGAUGCUUUCCACUGAGUUAGUCGAAAACAGAUCAAAUACAUCAAUUCCAGGCAGCCAAAGAUCGAGGAGUGUAGACUGCUUUGUGGAAAGGGAAGAAAGUGGUAAAAAGCACAUAUUCAUCAAACAUGGUGUUGGUCCCAGAAACAUUCGCAGGGUUCUCUGCAAAGAGAUAAAUCAAUUGACCGGAUGCUACAUCGACAACGUUAGCUGGUUGUAUUUGGCUGAUAUUUUAGAAUGUGAGUCUCCUGAAGACAUUUCUUCCACAUUGGACAUGGCUGGAGUGUCCGAAGAUGUGGAAAAUAGCGAUACGCCGAAACUAGAGCCUGAUCUUGGAACAGAAUUGCCUGAAGAGUUUUACUACCUUCUAGAACAAUACGGUGACUUCUAUUUUCUGAAAGGAGAACUAGUUGCAUGUGAGAAAGAUGACUCAACCGAAGAGGAACAGAAGUAUAUCUAUGCCAAAAUCGUGAACAAGCUAACAACUAAAACGAAAGCCAAAAAGGACAGAACGAAAAGGAGGCAAAAAGGAGAGAGUAAGUUGCUGGACAGAUAUCUUAUUCAUAUUGGCCGUGGAAAGAAAGAAGUCGAUGUACUGGAUCUGUACAAAAUAGGGAGACCACAAACAGUUCAGGAUAAAGAUGACGAAGCAGAAGAAGAAUGCUUUUCAAAAACAAUGGAGCUCGUACCUGACGAGGGAGCUGAUGGGCAGAGUGCAGAACCUGAGGGAGGAGAAUCCUCAACAUCAUCUCAAAGUAAGGACGAGCUACGUAAGCCUAGGACGUUGGACGCCGCCAUAAAAGAAGUUCGGAGUAAACUUGCAGAAAUUUGGAAGCUUCCAGAAGAUAAAAGAAAGAAAGCAGUUAUGCGUCUAUACCUUCAAUGGCACCCGGACAAGAACAUUAACAUGGAAGACAUUGCCAAUGAAGUCAUCAAGUUUAUACAAAAUGAGGUCGAAAGGUUAUCAAAACGUAAGUCGACAAGCCACGAUGAAGGCUUUGCAACACCACCAGCAGAUUUUUCGGACUUCUUCACGCGAUGGAAUAAAAGAGCUCGACGAGAGCGCUCAAGCUACGAAAACUUUCUCCACCAUAACCCACAAUUUACAGGUUUCUUAUCACAAUCAAGAAGUACCUACAUGGCACCUAAUCUACGCGUAGCGAAGAUGUGGAUUCGUCAAGGCAAAGAAGACCUUCGCUCCGUAAAACUUCUCUUGACUGCCCGAGAUCCCCUCUACUACCUUGUCUGCUUCCAGUGUCAUCAAAUUGCGGAGAAAUCUCUCAAAGCAGCUCUUUACGCUCAAUCAGGAGUCGCGGACAGGCAGCUAAAUUCUCACGACUUGGUUCUAUUGGCCCACAAUCUUUCACUGCUUCCUGAAGCUCCAGAUGUGACACCGCAAGUAGCCAGGCUGUCUGACUAUUACGAAGGCACUCGAUAUCCUGACAAGCACGUACCCCAUAAGGUACCUGCUGACGUUUUCCAAGAUUCUCAGCAAGCACAGGAGGCUUUCAGACUGGCCACAGAAGUUAUUGAGAGACUAGAGCAGUUUGUUGGAGAAAAAUGACUGCUGACACUGUCAUCGAGUCUUUACAUUUGACUUUAUAAUCCCCACAAUACAUUUCAAAAUGUGACUGCUUUACCUUAGGCAUCGCGAUCUUAGGUAGAGUUAGGAAAAUUUAAGCAAUCUAAGAGGAAGUAUACUACCAGCACACCUUUGCCGCAGAGCGCGACGUUAAAUUUUGGCAAGAAUUGACUGAUCUUGCAUAACAUGAUUCAAACAUUUAAUUGAAGAGAAAUUAAGCUUACAUUUCCGAAUAAUAUUACUUUUAUCUGUAACUUUGUAGUUUCCUAGUUGUGUCGUAUUUCAAAUUUUUACCAGUAAUAUCAUACUGUGGUGGAAAGGCUUUUCAUAAAAAUUUUUAGAAGGUAAGGAACAGGAAGUAAGUUUAUAUCAGUUAGUGCGAGUGUCAUUUAUAAUGCUCGCAAUUCCUCUUUCGUUUGAUUAGUGGUCGUGUUGAGUAGAUGACGUCUUGAUUACAUGUGUUUUCUUGACACAAACACAAACAAAAUUCGUUCAUUAAGGUGACCUAGACCUCUCCGAAAGUUCUUAACAUUUUUUAGCGUGCCGAAGUUAAAGGAAUGCUUUCCAUGUUUCUGCUAAAGGAGAUAAACCCUUAGGUAUCGUUACAAUUGUUUUUUUCAGGUCUAGGAAAAAUUUUUCAUGUCUAUAUUUUACUAGAGUUAGUCAAAAGUAUUAACGCUGUUUAUUAAAAGAACAUUUCAUAUGAUCCUUGAUAGUUGACACUGUAAGCUUUAUAAAGAAGGAAAUAAAUCCAACACUAAUACUUUUAACUUGAAAAUUUACCUGUAAGUAUCCAUCUAUUCAUCUUAUUGGCUUACUUUUAUUUGAAAGUAAUAACUACUGUUUUUUCACCUCAUUAAAAACUGAUAAGUACUGAGA